CGGAUCUAUUAUUUCCGGUCACAUUCCGCUGUUCUCGGUUCGGGUGCCGUCAGCUGUGAGGCUGAAGAUGGCGGAGCGCGUGGCUGCACGUUUGUCCGCUCAGGAGGAGCAGAUCGAGGCGUUGAGUCGUGAGAUCCUCCGCCUGCGGGACGGACUGACCGGCGGGUUCGACUUCAGCACCCUGGCCAGCGGCCCGAGCCUGGACGCGCUGCGCACCGAGAACGAGAAGCUCCAGUACCGACUGCUGCACCUCCGCCGGAGUCUCCGAGCCGAGCAGGAGCUGGAGGAGCACAGCCACAACCAGAAGCAGAAGCAGAACCAGAGGAGAAACACACAGAAGAGCCAGAGCAAGCCUGAAGAACCAAAGGAGAAGAGCCGUCCAAAGCAGAAUGCUGCUCCGUCUCGAUCCAGUGCAUCAGAUGUUCAAGAGAAAAACAAGGAGAAAGUGAAGGCAGAGCUGAACCCGUGGCCUGCAUUCGUCUCUGGUCGUUUACAGCUUUAUGAGCAGCUGAAGAAGGAGAGCGAUGCUCUUCUGGCGGAGCGGGCGGCCGGCGGUCACUCCAUCAGCGUCCAGCUGCCUGACGGACAGACGCUGAAGGCCACAGCCUGGGUCAGCAGCCCGUAUCAGCUGGCCUGCGCCAUCAGUCAGGCUCUGGCGGACAGCUGUGUGAUCGCGCGUGUGAACGGAGAGCUGUGGGAUCUGGACCGGCCGCUGGAGACCGACUGCAGUCUGGAGCUGCUGCGCUUCGCCCACGAGGACGCGCAGGCCGUUUACUGGCACUCCAGCGCUCACAUCCUCGGCGAGGCCAUGGAGCAGUUCUACGGCGGAUGCCUGUGCUACGGGCCGCCCAUCGAGAACGGCUUCUACUACGACAUGUUCCUGGACGGACAGAAAGGAGUGUCCAGCACAGAGUUUGGAGAUCUGGAGAACAUCUGCAGGAGCAUCAUGAAGGACAAGCAGCCCUUUGAGAGACUGGAGAUCAGUAAGGAGACGCUGCUUGAGAUGUUUAAGUACAACAAGUUCAAGUGUCGGAUCCUGAAUGAGAAGGUUUCCACUCCCACCACCACCGUCUACAGAUGCGGCCCGUUGAUCGAUCUGUGCCGCGGGCCACAUGUACGACACACCGGCAAAAUCAAAGCGCUCAAGAUCUAUAAGAAUUCAUCCACGUACUGGGAAGGACAUUCGGACAUGGAGACGCUUCAGCGGAUCUACGGGAUUUCUUUUCCUGACAGCAAAAUGCUGAAGGAAUGGGAACGUUUCCAGGAAGAGGCUAAAAACAGAGACCAUCGCAAGAUUGGGAAGGAUCAAGAACUUUUCUUCUUCCACGAUCUGAGUCCAGGAAGCUGCUUCUUUCUGCCGCGAGGAGCUUAUAUCUACAACACGUUGACGGAGUUCAUCAGGGAGGAAUACAGCAGACGCGGCUUUCAGGAGGUGGCGUCUCCAAACAUCUAUAACAGCAAACUGUGGGAGACCUCGGGUCACUGGCAGCAUUACAGUGAAAACAUGUUCUCCUUCCCCGUUGAGCAGGACGUCUUUGCUCUGAAGCCCAUGAACUGCCCCGGACACUGUCUGAUGUUCGGUCACCGGCCGCGCUCCUGGCGUGAGCUUCCUCUCAGAUUGGCUGAUUUCGGCGUGUUGCAUCGUAACGAGCUCUCAGGGACGCUGACAGGCCUCACGAGAGUCCGGCGCUUCCAGCAGGACGACGCUCAUAUUUUCUGCACUAUGGAUCAGAUCGAGUCGGAGAUGAAGGGCUGUCUGGAUUUCUUGCGCUGCGUCUACGAUGUCUUCGGCUUCUCCUUCCAGCUGCAUCUCUCCACGCGUCCGGAGAAGUUUCUGGGCGAUAUUGCUGUGUGGAAUCAAGCCGAGAAGCAACUAGAGAACAGCCUGAAUAUUGACAUUAAGAUUAAAGACGCCAUCGGCCGUUAUCACCAGUGUGCCACGAUUCAGCUGGAUUUCCAGCUUCCCGUCCGCUUCAACCUGACGUAUGUGGGGAGAGACGGCGAUGACAAGGACCGACCCGUGAUCAUUCACCGCGCCAUCCUGGGCUCCGUGGAGAGAAUGAUCGCCAUCCUCACCGAGAACUACGCCGGGAAAUGGCCGCUGUGGUUGUCUCCACGUCAGGUGAUGCUGGUGCCUGUGAACCCGUCUCUUGAAGAAUACGCCAAACAGGUCUGUGAGCGGUUUGUUGAAGCUGGUUUUAUGGCCGAUGCUGAUUUGGACUCUGGUUGUCUUCUGAACAAGAAGAUCCGCAGCGCGCAGCUGGCGCAGUAUAACUUCAUCCUGGUGGUGGGCGAGAAGGAGCGCGCCGCUAACAGUGUGAACGUGAGAACCAGAGACAACAAGGUGCACGGAGAGCAGAGCGUGGAGGAGGUGAUGCAGAGACUGACGCUCCUCAGACUGUCCCGCUGCCGCUGCGCCGAGGAGGACUUCUGAGAGGAGCGGCUGGAGACGGGACGGAUGUUCUGUGUUGUGUUAGUUGGCUGUUAAAUGAUGGUUUGGUGUCGGAGUUCUGAAGGUUUGCAAUAAAGACUCGAAGAAUCACCAU